UCAAUCCGGUAAUGCUUGCCUACAAAGGAAUGUUGUAUUGGUCUGCUAAUGGUGGAAUUCUUAUGGCGUUGGAUCCCUUCAACAACAACCCUAAGACCACAAGUGGUAGUGGUAGUACUAGUGCUUAUAUUUUUGAGAAUCAAUUCUGUCGUUUCACUGCAUUUGAUAAGCCUGCUUUUGCACCCGAAGACACUGAUAUAUGUCUUCAGUGUCUAAGCGUGUGCCAAGGGCGUUUACGGAUGUGCUACUCAGGGACUGGCAAGACUCGGAGUGUUUGGGAGUGGAAAGAAGUACAAGAGCAGUCGCAUGGGGGCAAAUUAAUGAAAUGGUUUUUGAUAAAAAAGUUUUCGUGGCAUCAACUGGUUACGGAGAAUAAUCCAGUAAUUAGUAUGUACGCAUUGUGGCGGACUAGGGUGUUGGCUUUAGACCCAAAAGAUGAGGAUAUCUUAUAUGUAGCUCUGGAUGGAGAUAUUGUAGCAUGCGACUUCCGUACACGAACUUCGUUCAAGAGACGUGGAGGGAGGCCCAAAAAUGCUCGGAGUCUUUAUGACGCUGAAGCCUACUCAUUUUCACGCCCAUCUUGGCCGACACCAGUUCCUAAACCGUUUCCUCGUGAUGAUGAUGUAUUGGUUGAAAGAUACACUGAUAUGGAUGUGAUGUUAUUCUUUUCCAAAACCAAUAAUCCAAUAAACAGAAUCUAUCCGAUUUGGGAAUCUUUCAUCAUGGCUGCGCUUCCGAGCGGGUGCAAAUCACGCAGUUUAUCUCUCAGUUUCCUUCCUUGUUUUGAUCAAACCAGACAAAUCGAGUCAUAUGUGUUGGGGACAUAUAAUGACUUAAUCUUGUGCUGCGUAGAGGAUGGAUUUGCACGUGAUUAUUCCAUCUGCAAUCCAUACACCAAGCAAUGGAUUGCUCUUCCUCCCACCCCUCGUGUUCAUCUGGAAUCAGUACUAACGGGAUUCACGUGCGAUCAUCACUACUAUAACCGGGAGGAAAUGAUGGAUGAUCGGACAAGUACUUCCAACAACAAGCUUGAUUAUAGGUACAGGGUGGUGCGAAUUCCUGCACCUGUAGUUGAACAUAAUUUAUUGGAAUUCACUGUGGAAAUCUUCUCUUCUGAGACUGGUGAAUGGAGAGAGUCAGUUAUAUCGAGCUCCCGAGGAUUUAGUUUUACUUGUCACUCUUGUACUCCAGGCGUUGCUUACAAUGGAAUGGUGUGCUGGUUGGUUUUUGGUGGGCUUCUUAUUGGGGUGGAUCCGUUCAACAACAUAAACAACAGUAUUUCGACAGGUGCUAAUAUUACUGGUGACAUUGUCGUCAACAACGAAUUAUGUCGUUUCGUUCAAUUCCAUAAGCCCGAAUACAAGAUUGAACGUGUUGAGUGCCUAGGUGUGUGUCGAGGGCGUCUGCGGAUGUGCCAUUUUGAUCUGGAGGAUCCCCGCCGAAGUGGCAUUGUGUGUGUUUGGGAGUUGAAAGAAGUCGAAGAAGAAGAUGAUCAGCAGGCGGAUGGUGCAAGCAGAUUGAUGAAAUGGUGUUUGAUAAAAAAGGUUGACCUGAAGGAAUUAGUUGCUGAAAAUCCACAAAUUGGUGAAUGUUGGGCAACGGGGACGAUAGGAUGGUGCUUUGCCAGGGUGCGGGCUUUUGACACAAACGAUGAGGAUAUUUUAUAUCUAGAUUUGGGUGGAGAUAUUGUGACCUUCAACUUCGGUAAAAGAACUGCGUUUGUUCGAGGGAGAAUGAGUCCAGGAGGUGGAACCAUGUCUUUUAAUGCGUUGACGAAGGCCUUCCCACUUUCGCUCCCACGUUGGCCUACACCACUUCCUAAUUAAACUAGACCCAUUAUUUCCAAUCCAAGUGCAACUGACGACAAUUUGCGGUUUUAUCUUAUGAUAUUUAAACAUAUUCUACCAAAUAAAUUAGAUUUUGACUUUAUAAUGUUUCACAUUGGCUUUCUAUGAACACGAA